AGUACAAGUACAAUUGUGGGUCAGAAUCCUAAAACAACAUUGCUCUCUCUAAUCAAUAAUUGCAUCAAAUGGCCCCCAAAUUAAAUACAAGAGACACCCCAUUACUCCUUGUAAAGGUAACUUGAUUUUUGGUUAGCUCUUCAGUCCUUAUUUUGGCCAACUUUCGAUCUAGACCAAAAAUCUCUUCAAUGAUCAUUGAAAGGAAAGCAGCAAACGCCCUUGCAGGCAAGACUGUUAGACCCUGCGAUGGCUGUUCCUGCAAGAGAGCUCGGUGGUUCUGCGCUGCAGAUGAUGCUUUUCUUUGCCAGACCUGCGAUGAAUCUGUCCAUUCAGCAAACCAGUUAGCCAGCAGGCACGAUAGGGUCAGGCUCGAGUCUGCUUCAUCUAAGACCAGUGGUUCGAUGAACACUGUAGUAUCUCCUCCGGCUUGGAUUCAAGGGUUCACUAGAAAGGCAAGAACCCCGAGGCAUAACAAUAACAAGUCCAUAUUAGUAUAUCAACAACUUAAAGAUGAGGAGAAAGUCUUGAUGAAUCCUCUUCCUCUUGUUCCUGAGAUUGGUUGUGAAGAAGAAGGUCAUACUGUUGCUGAUGAAGAUGAAGAUCAGUGUCCGUGUAGGGUUCCUGUGUUUGAUCCUUUUGCUGCAGAGCUAUGUACUGAUGAUAUGAUAACAUGUAAAGGAACCGAAAUAGCCAUGGCGGACGAAGAGGGAAAUAUGAUUUUUGAUGAUUCUGGACAGGAAGGAACUACAAGUGACCUGGAUAAUUUACCUGGGUUUUUACCUUCAGAUAUGGAUCUUGCUGAGUUUGCUGCAGACGUUGAGAACCUACUUGGAAUAGGAUUUGAGGACGCUUCUCCUGAUAUCAAGGAUUUGGGGUUGUUAGAUUGUAAGGAGGAAGAUGAUGAGAAGUUUGAGGACAAAGUAGUGAAGGUCAAGGAUGAACAAGAUCAACUGGAAGCAAUAUUUGAUUGGAAUUUCAAUAAUUACGAGUCACCGAUAACUGGAGAUGAAGAAGAGGAGGAGAAGGCAGUACCAGUGGCUGACACAACAGUGAUGAAUAGUGGAAACAAGAAAGAAAUCAGUAGGAAUGUAUCUUUGAGGCUAAAUUAUGAAGCAGUCAUCACUGCUUGGGCUAGCCAUGGCUCUCCAUGGACUACAGGAAGCAGACCAGAGCUCAGUCCUGAUGAUUGCUGGCCUGACUGCAUGGAUAUAUGCCAUAAUGGACAUCAUCAUCACCGCCCUUAUGGGGGCCUUGGGGAACACGCAGGCAGAGGCAAUGCAGGAAGAGAAGCAAGAGUAUUAAGGUACAGAGAAAAGCGAAGGACAAGAUUAUUUUCGAAGAAGAUAAGGUACGAAGUGAGAAAAUUGAAUGCAGAGAAAAGGCCUAGAAUGAAAGGUCGAUUCGUUAAGAGGACGUCCUUCAUGGGAACUCAUGCAUUUCCUUACAUCAACAAAUAACCGUUUUAACUACCUAUUGAUGCAUGCCUAUGUUUGCUUCUUGUUUCUGGGAAAAUGGGAUGAAUUUUGCAGGCUAAUCUUACUAAUUAAUAUUAAUAAAACUAUAAGAGAGAAGUAACAUAGGCAGUUACCUCCCUCCCUACCCCUUUCUGUCUCUCUCCUAGCUCCUGUGACUAUAAUGUAAUUAACCCUUUGGCAAGCCAAGAAUUUGAAGAUGUAUCAUAUGAAGAUGUAAUUAACCCUGUGACUAUAAUGCUCCUGUGACUAUUUAUGAAGAUGUAUCAUUCUUGACAAGCCAAGAAUUUCAUUAAUGAAUCUCUGUCAUAUGUCUUCUGGAUCA